CCCACACUCGUGCAUGCUCGGCACUCUAUCUUGAGCCGCUGUUUUGUGCUUUUGCAGAUGGGUUUCAGUGUUAUCGCCCGUUUUUACGGGCCUACCUAGUGUGGAAUCCGGUCAGUGCAGUCCGGCCGAGCUCCAGACCGAAGUGAUCCUGCUCGGAUUUCGUUCCUCAGUGGGCCUAGGCCAUAGGAAGGACCAUGAUAAGCCGCACUCGCUGCCGACUUGAAUGUCACCGGGACGCGAAUUGCGCUGUGGCUGUGUAGGCCUAUGAGGCACAAAUAGCACCUGUUUCAUGUCAGUUUCCCCGAGUGUGAUCCUAAACCCGCAAUUACUCACCCGCCCCCGCUCGGCAUUUCUGCGUCAUGUGAACCGAUGAGCUCUUGACGAAGAGGAUCUUCGAUAGGACCUCACAUUUCCUUGACUCCGACUUUUAACCGGGGUGGCGUCCUUAUCAAGACGGGAGGAGAAUGGAGGGUGACGUGGAAACCUCUAGUCUUCACGGGCCGGAUGAUCCCUUGCGGCUCCGCAUCCUCGUCCCCGAGCUCAACGUACAGAAGGCCUUCACUGUCGCGAGGGACACGCUCGUCUGGGACGUGAAGCAGCAGUGCCUCUCUGCCCUUCCCAAGGAGCUGAAGGAGAGUUUCAACUACGGACUGUUCAACCCACCCGAGAACGGGAGGGCCGGGAAAUUCCUGGAUGAAGAACGGCGGAUCGGAGACUAUUCCUUCCCCUCGUCCGAGGGAUAUCUCGAGGUGAGUGAUUCGCACCAGAGCGAUCUGCACCAGAUUGAUCCGCACCGAAGCAAUCCGCACCGGAGCGAUCCGCACCGGAGCGAUCUGCACCGGAGCGAUCUGCACCGGAGCGAUCCACGUUUUCCUGAUGACUCGAAUGUCGCGUGA